AUGGUUAUCAUCAAAUGGUGGGGCAGCACAAAUGCUGUCGACACCGAGAAGCUCGUCUUCAGACACGAGUUCCCCGUGAAACGGUUCUGCAAGAUGGAGAAGCUCCGAGAGGUGCUAGGGGAUAUCUUUGGCUCGGAUGAUUGGGUCGUCGAGUACGAUGGAGAUAAUCUCAUGAUCAAAGUGGGAAGCAGGGUUGAUCUGAAGGAGGAACUGAAGGCGCGUGGAAUUAUUUACAAGUCUAUGUUUAAGCCCAAAGAGAUUGAGCUGAAAGUAGAAUAA